AGGCUCCUCAUGAGCUUGACCUACAAACUUUCCCUGGCUGCAGUGAUCCUGGGGCGGGAGCAGCCUGGGGCUGAUCAACCCGUCCCUUUCGGGCUGGCAGUGGAGGCCAUUAAAGUUCUGCUGCACGCUGCUGGCUGUCAAGGCCACGUCCAGAACAUCCAGGAGGAGGGCGGCUGGGACAUGAUGCUGCAAGCAGACACCCUCGAGAGAGGAAUCAGUCUGCUGGCCAGAGAGCUGAGGAAGAGCCCAGCUGAGCAGCAACGCCUCCUGUUCCAGCACAUGAAGGAGAUUCUUACUCACAGGAGGGAAUGGCAGACCAACUUUGCCUUGACUUUCUAUACUGAGCUGCUGGGCUGCCAGGGCCUUGGAAAGGACUGGAGUGACCUGCGCCUCCUCCACUCCUACCUGAGCCAUGGCACACAGACAGUCCGUCUGAGGGCACUCCAGGGCUUGGUGGCACUCGCAGGAGAUCCACAGAUGGUGAGCGAGGCGUAG